AUGACGACGACGACGACAACAUUCACGGUGACUUCACAACCGGGACCCCUUCCACCACAUCCUCGACCCCCUCUGCCACAUCGUCGGCCCCUUCUACCACAUCAUAGAUACCAUCCCUCACAUCAUAGACCCCCUCAACCAACAGGCAGAGACUUGGCUGAUGAGUUCCUGAGCCUCCACAACACUGCAAGGCGGGACGCCAAUCUGCCCCCUUUGGUCUGGGACACGAAGCUGGAGCAAUAUGCAAAACAAUACGCAGUGCAGCGGGGAAAUACUGACUGUGCUGAGUUGAUUCAUUCACAUGGCCCUUAUGGCGAAAACAUCUUCUGGGGCGGAGGACCUGAGUGGAGGCCUAAAGAUGCCGUGGAGCAAUGGAUGCACGAAGAGAAGUUUUAUGAUCCGGAUGCAAAUGAUUGCAAAGACGGACAAAUGUGUGGACACUACACACAAAUUGUGUGGAGGGAUAGCUGUAGGUUAGGAUGUGCGCUUCAGAGAUGUAAAAAUAAUGACACGUUUGUAGUUUGUUCUUAUGAUCCCCCAGGGAAUUAUGUGGGCGAGAAACCAUUUCUUCAUUAUGAUAACUAG